AGGACCAUGGAGCUGCUGCCACUGAGCCUGGUCCUGCUGCUGAUGGGAGGAGCCAGCGGGCAGGAUGAGGACAGGAUCAUCGGGGGGUAUCCCUGUGUCCCCCAUUCCCAGCCAUGGCAGGUCUACAUCUACAGCCCCGUGCGCUGUGGUGGGAUCCUCCUCAGGGACAACUGGGUCCUCUCGGCUGCCCAUUGCAACAGCAGGGGUAUCCGCCUACGCCUGGGCGAGAACGACCUCCAGCAGCAGGAGGGGACGGAGCAGAACCGCCUGGUGGCCAAGGCCAUUCCGCACCCAGCCUUCAACCCCACCACCCUGGACAACGACCUCCUGCUCCUCAAGCUGGACCGACCUGUGGGGCUGGGCCGCACCGUGCGGCCCCUGGCCCUGCCCCGCUCCUGCGCCCCCCCUGGCACCACCUGCCUGGUCUCGGGAUGGGGAACCGUCACCACCCCACAGGUGACCCUGCCCCGGCACCUGAUCUGCGCCUACGUGGACAUCCUGCCCGACGCCACCUGCCGCCGGGCCUACCCUCAGCGCGUGACUCCCAACAUGCUUUGCGCAGGGGUGCGCAACCAGCGCAUCGACUCCUGCCAGGGUGACUCUGGGGGGCCCCUGUCCUGCAAUGGGACCCUCCAGGGCAUCGUGUCCUGGGGGCUGCAGACCUGUGCCCUGCCCGGGCGCCCCGGGGUCUACACCCGCGUCUGCAACUACGUGGGAUGGAUUGAGAACACCAUGAACCGCAACUAAGACACGCCAAGGACACGGGACAUGGAGCUGGACCGCUCUAGACCACAACUACAUGGAGCUGGGCCACC